CGUCCAAUAAAUCAGUGUGCACUCUCAGCUGCCUCCGGAUAUAACAAGCAAAGCUGUCUAUUAGCUGAUAAAAAGUCAACAACACUAUCGCAUAUCUCGUCCUACGGGAUGCCAUUCACGAGUGAACAGAGGCAUAUAUCCAGCAAAGCCAUGUGAAUAUGAAGCAAAAGCGAAGUUUUAGCAAGUCUCUGUAGUCAAGCUGCCGAACGAUAAUACAACUGCUUUCGUGCACCUUUAUCUGACUGGUAACCUUCGAUCUCUACAAAGGUGUAGGUAGCAAAUAUUUGAGAAGGGAAAAGUCAGUCGAGCUACAAUUUAGUGACGCCGUACCUAUUCUCUCACAGCGCACAGCGAAUACAACAAGUAUCUAUCCUUUGACCACCUUCGAACUACCUGCUCGUAUUACGCAGUAUGGCUUCAAGUUUCCCUGGUGUCGUCGACUUAAAUGUGGGAGGACGACAUCUGACCACAUUACUCUCGACCCUCACCAAGUACCCGGACUCGAUGUUGGCCGCCAUGUUUAGUGGAAGGCAACCAGUGAUCCAAGACAAAGAUGGCCGCUACUUCAUCGAUGUAGAUGGAGACGUGUUUGUCCACGUCCUUAACUUUCUGAGAUUCGAGACAAUGCCUCCCCCUGAAGCAGCUGCAGAUGUUCGGAAGUAUGCAGAUUACUUUGGAUUAGAUGUCCUGAAGGAAGGUAUUUCAAAUAUCCAAGACAACAGAGAUACACUCUAUGAUAUAUGGAGGAGCAAUUGUUUAUCAAACGUUACCAAUUACACCCGUCACUGGGAAGUCGUGGAACGUGGACUGAAAAAAUUAGACUUUUCUUCAAGGUCUAUUUGUCUCACCACAAAGUUAAAUUCGUGUUUAUGUGGGUAUUACACUUGUAGUCUUCCUAGUUCAGGAUAUUCAGUGAUUGAUAUAAAUUUGUCUGAAUAUGAUCAUUACAGACGACCAUCAGUGCUCAAUCUUCUGGCACAUGACGUACAGCGCCUGGGCUUCUUCAUCUUUGGAGGAAACAUACACAGCAACUGUAACUCUCACAUCGGAGUCCUGUUGCAAAUAAAGUGAAAGAGCACAACGUCACCAACAACGUCACCAACAGAAAUUCGCAUUUCGUCUCCAUCUGAAAAGGACGUAAAUUGUUUUCCCUAGGCCCCUUUAACAGAAGAUGGCAAUGGUGGGAGGGGGCAGGGAGAACUUCAUUGGGUGGCAUUUUUAGAAGUUGUGGAAUCACAUACCGACUAUCUUUUCCAUUUUCCUUUACGAAGCUAGUACAAACAUAUAUGGUUGUGUAUAAAUUUGGUUGUAGAUCGUUGUUGUUUCAGAUCUUGAUAGUCCCUAACACUAUUUGAUAGAAAUGAAUACUUGUGUUUGUAAUAUCUCACAGUGUGUUAGACAGAUUUACGUUGAAACGUUAUUAUAAAUUUUAGAAUAAUGUUUAUGUUCAUUCAUUUAAUUAUUUACAGUUCAUAUGUUCGCCUUAAAGUUAGCAGUUUGAUAAUCUGGUACAUAUUUAGACCUACUUCCUAUAUAACUGUGGGUGUGUAAAAUCAUACUGUCAAACAAUCAACAUGACCUUAAAGUCACCAGUCAGACGCUCAACUGAUCCCUGGCUUUGUGGAUAGGAAGGUUUACAUUUGAACAUUAGUUGAACAGUCCACAUAACCAUGCGUGCCCUGUUAUGACUCAUUACUACCUUUGACACUGGAGGAACUGAGAGGCACCAAGCAGCAGAAAUACGUCUUGACGCGAUGCAACACGCUUAAGAGGACAAGGGAUAAAGCCCAUAGUACUGAAGCAAGUGGUAUUGAUACACCAUAAUCUACCGACAGGAAUCAUUACAGAUCGACGGCAUGUCGAUAGGGUCGACUUGUCCGAGAGAGAAGGUGAAAAUGGCCUAUCUGCUUCGGCGUUAUCGAGUUCCAUGUAGACAAGUGUGAUGAUGAUGAUGAUAUUUUAGAGACUUUACGUCCGCUUUCCAACAUGAUACGUAUUUCGCCCACUCUGUCAUGUAAUGAUUGCCUGAAUGUUCAGCGUGUUGUCUUUUUAUACCGCCCACCAUGAACAGCUUAGAUAUAUACACGGUUUCAAACGUAUGUGACGACGACAGGCUGUUGAUCAUCACAGCUUCUGUUACUAAUCAGCUUCACAAUGUCACCACUGUAGAACUGCACACGCUACUCGGACACCUGCAGAUAUUGUAUAUGUUGUAUUCUAUUCUAGAUUAUUGGAUACACUAAUGAGCUCGAGUGCAUGCAGUUGUAUUACCCCUUGCAGGAGUUUAGCGGUAUCGGAUAAUUGUAAAUAACUGUAAACACUUAUUCCACAACGAAUCACUUGAAAUCAGGACCUGGUCUUAACAUUGAUGCAUGUAUUUUGCACGCCAACAUUGUUACACUUUUGUCAUAUAUUCAUAUAAUAGCUUUUUAAUAAUUUAAUGAUUUUGUGAGUGAAUGUUGAUUUUCACAUCAGCCGGCAAUGUAUCAAUAACCAGGUUUCUUGCCUGAUUAGGCAACUGCAUUAUUUACUGUUGAAACGAUUUGUUAAUUGUAUGUAAAUCAGGUAAUCGAUGACCACACUUAUAAAAAAUAUGAUUUUGACAUGUAGCAAAUAAACUGAAACAAUUAUUGUC